CACUCCAUCCGUAUUCUGAAUUAUUCCACUUCCACUUUCUCUCUCUAUCCUUUUCUCUUUUCCUUUGCAUCACUCACUCCCAUACUCCUCUACUUCCCUUCAUACGUAUACAUACACAAUACACACACACACACACCAAUAACAUGCCCAAAUCUCACUUUUCCCUUCUCUCCCUCUUCACCACCCCUUAAGUCCUUAACUAUAUUUUUUUCCCAAAUCCUUUUGGUUUUAUCUCAAUCCGUCUAACCGAAUUCUAGAUUGCAGCUGGGGGUUUAGUAACAUCGGAAAAUUAUGGCAACUCUGCAGAAAUUCAAGCUAUUGGCGACCCAAUGCGCGGUUGCCGGCAGCCCUACCAGAAGCCCAUCCACCAGCCCAGUAAUCCACCUCCGCCGCCGAAAAACUCUUCGUAUGCUGCUCAGCCGCGCCGGAGGGGGCAGCGGGAGGAGGCUGCCUCCCAGAUGCGACGACGGCUCUCCGGAUCGGACGGUGAGCAGCGAAGAGGGAAGGUCCCCGGAGAAGAGUAAGGCGCUGUUGGUAAGCCACAAGCUGAAGGAUUUGUUUGUCUCCUCACCUCCGGCGUUAGGAGAGAGAGACUCGGAGAAUGUGAGAGAAGGGUUGUUGAUGCCGUCGAGCGGCGGAGCGAUCGGCGACUUGAGGAGAGGCGUUGCCCGCUCGCUACGGCCGCUGUCGGCGACGUUGCGGCAGCGGCUGUUGAGGAGGGCUUGGCGACCUGUGCUCGUCGCCAUACCUGAGUAACAGUACCGUGAUAAUCUGUAUGGACAAUAAGGGCAAUAGAGUAUAACGUUUUUGUUUUUAUUGUAAUUCAGUAUUUUGGAAAUUUUGGCAUUUUGUUUUAUUUUAUUUGUUAUUAUCCCAAA